AUUUACCACUUAAUUUUCGAUGGAAAACGCCAGCAAGGGAGACAAUUAGAAAUUGCUUUUUUAAAUAAAUACAGAUCAGUGGCCGCAACAUGUUUGGGAACCUGAAAAAGAAGCUGAGCAGUGCGAUUCAGGAGGGCCUGGUGAUAUCGGAGAAUCUGCAGCAGCAAUAUCGCCAGCGUGUCAGUUCCGGAAACUCGGGGAGCACCCAAACCAGUGGGCUAACGACUCCCACAUCGCCACUGGGUCUCAACGAGAGUCUGUCCUCCAGCAGGAGCAGUAGUCUCUCCCUAAGUGCUCCCUUCCAGCUGACCGACGGUGUACCUAGCCAUCUGAACGUGGCAGCGGGCUGCAGUUUGUUGGCCAAGUACGAGGACGACUGGCAACAGAUCCAUGGGGCCAACGAGGAGAAUGCGAAGAAGGCCGCGCAGAUUGCUUCCCAAAUCUCCGGAGUCCAGAACAAGGCCAGCAACCAGCGCAGGAUCAUCAGUGAGCUGAACAGCAGUCUGGCGGGAAUUCCCACGCUGAUUGCCCAACUGCAAGCCAGCUCAAAGGUCCUUAACUCCCUGGAACAAAUGGGACAGCAACUGGAGGUUGAGCUGGAGAAACUGGAGGAUCUGUGCGAGGAGUGCGAACUCCAGGAGUUUAUCCUCGAGCAGCAGUUCCAGCUGUCGCGGCACAAGCAGAGGAAGCUCAACGAACUGGAGCAGUACCGCCAGCAAAUAGCCUCCAAGCACCAAUCCAAAAUCAAGGAUCAGGAGCAGAAGCUAUUGAAACUGCAAAGGGAACGGCAAGCUGUCUUUGACGAUGCAUUCCGCGGCGAUAUGGAGGAGUACAAACAGCAUGGCCAGCUGACCAAAAUUCAAACCACCAGCAACAAGUUGGCUUUGGAGGAAGUGGUUCUUGAGACAAGCGAAGUGGAGACAAAGGAUGCUCUGGAGCAAUUUUUGAAUGGAUAAUUUACGUACACCUCGCAAAAGACUCACUUUCGUGCCUUUCAGUGCAAUAAGCAGUGUAAAUUGUUGAAAUAUUCUAUAGGGGAUUCCAGAUGUAAGCCUGCGUUUGCCAAUACCAAAAUAAUUGAUACUGUUUUUGAUAUUUGAAAA